AAAUCAGCCAGUAUAGUGUCAAUGUCAGCGUCAGUCAAAGAAAACUGAAUAAGUACGUAAAAAAGUGAAAACAUCAAUUUCAGUUUUUCUUUUGUAUCCAAGUUUGUUGAAUAAUUUAAUCGAAAUGCGUUUAUUAACAUUUAGUUUCCUAAAGAGCUGCAAGUAUAAGAAGUUCUGCAGCGUUUCUCGCAGCAUCAGCACUGUGUUGCAGCCUGAAGUUUUACCAGCAGUAGGUGACCCGAACUUGGUGGAAGUGAGUCCGUCAUGGAAGGAGAGCGAGGAGCCAGCUCUGCGCAGUGCGGUCUUGCGUGAUAUGCAGGUGUACCCUGACUUCAUAUCGGAGCGCGAGGAGGCCGCCCUGCUCACCGAGGUGGAACCCGUUCUCCGGAGGAUGAGAUACGAGUUCGACCACUGGGACAAUGCGAUCCAUGGUUUCCGCGAGACGGAGCGGCGGCAGUGGUCGCCGGAGAACUCGGUGGUGCUGGCGCGCGUGCGGGCGCUGGCGCUGGGCGGCGCGCAGGCGCAGGCGCUGCCGCACGUGCACGUGCUGGACCUGGCCGCCGCCGGCCACAUCAAGCCGCACAUCGACGCCGUGCGCUUCUGCGGCGACGUGAUCGCGGGGCUGUGCCUGGCGUCGAGCGCGGUGAUGCAGCUCGUGCACAACGACAAGAAGCACCUCGAGCUCAACGCGCUGCUGGCACGUCGCGCGCUCUAUAUCAUGAAAGGAGUGGCGCGCUACGAGUUCACUCACGCGGUGCUGGGCGGCGAGCACAGCACGUGGCGAGGCGCUCGGCUGCCGCGCCUGCGCCGCGUGGCGCUCAUCUGCCGCACGGCGCCGCGGCCGCAGGACGCGCAGCCCGCCGUGCAGCGCGGCGCCCUCGCCGACCCCGACGCGCCCGCGCCCUAGCCACACGCAACACUGCUACCCUAUCCUACCAGUCGGUUCAUAUAGCACGGCUUGUUUGUAAACAUGCAGUGCAACUGGUCGGCUGUACGAUUGAAGGUUUCUGUGAUAGCCACAGAUUGCAUAGGAGUCCGGCGGAAUGUGUAGGCUUGCUCCCCUACCUACUUAGGUAUUCAUGUGAUAUUGUCUAGUGACAUUGAAGUAUUUUUUCACCAUUAUUAUAUUGUUGUUAUAAUAAAUUGUUAUUGUUGAAA